AUGGCCCUGUUCCAUAUUCAAGGGGAAGGAGGUCUGCUGGUGAGAUUUCCAUUCCUGAAUGUCAUUGGAACACUACUGUACUGCAUCCUACCUGGCUGGCUGCUACCCGCCUUGGACAUUGACUUGACUCAUUGGUAGAUAAACAUCCACUGUCUUAGUGGCUUUGUCUUUGCAUACAAUGCACAGAAACAUACCAAUGUUUCUACUGUGAAAGAUGCCUAAAGACAAUGGCAUCCUAUUUGCAUAUAUUCCAGUCCUUGAAAAGAGGGAUUUAGUUCCUGCACCUACAGUGUUCUACUCAGUCUUCAUUUUCUGUCUUCUUGGGUAAAACAUUCGAAGAACAACAAUACUUGUCAGCGACUAAUACGUUUCUCAGCCUCCAACGUGGCGGCGUGCUGCACGAAGAAAACCGCCCCAGUGCCUAGUCUCUGGCUGGGCCCAAAUGUCACCCUAUUCCUUAUGUAGUGCACUACUUUUGACCAUGGCCCAUAAGGCAGUGCACUAUAUUGGGAAUAGGGUGCCAUUUGGGACACAGCCUCUCUCUCUGUCUGAUUAAUGAGUGGGGGGAGACCCACAUCUUUGGCUUGAUGAAACAAUUUAUACAGUUCCCUGGGAAAGCAAUAGCUCCCGAGUGGCGCAGCGGUCUAAGGCACUGCAUCUCAGUGCUUAAGGCGUCACUACAGACCCCCUGGUUCGAUUUCAGGCUGUAUCACAACCAACCGUGAUUGGGAGUCUCAUAGGGCGGCGCACAAUUGGCCCAGUGUCGUCUUGGUUUGGCCGGUGUAGGCCGUCAUUGUAAAUAAGAAUUUGUUCUUAACUGACUUGCCUAGUUAAAUAAAGGUUAAAAAAAAUAGCAGUUCAUUUUAUUGUAAUGCGUCCCGAGGGAGACGUAAGCAAACCUCCGUACCUGCGUACGAUGUGGAGGUGUUUCCGGAUAACGAUUCAGAGGUGCACUGGAGAAGAGUGAUGUGUUGGCACAGCCUUGCAGUGUUUGUACUGUAAUACUGUAGGCGGUCUCAUUGGGUUUAAGUGUGCCUAGGGCUGACGUUAUAAAGUGGGUAACCUUCAUGGAUUAGCUAUAUCAUUAUUGCUCUAUACUGAGCAGAUGCAAUAUAACUGUUUUAAUGAAUCUAGUCCAAUACAUGAUACACCACUGAUACAACAGUAAAAUACACAUACAGUGGGCUGCAAAAAUAUAUGCACUGGCUGUGCAGCCAUUAUAGCUGUGUUGUCUAAGAUGAACUGUUCUGACAUCCCCAUGCUGUUCGUGAUGUGGGACAUUUGCAAAGCCAACUUGGAAAAUGAGACCCAUAAUUGAGCAGGUAGGAACAGUCUAGGCACGGGGAGAACUCCCAUAAUGCACAACAAUUUGUGAGUCUGGAGUAAAUGAGGACUCUGCCAGAAUGGUCCCCAUUCCUCCAUCCCUCUGGGAUUUUAGUGCCCUUGUUUUCAACUAAUGUAGGCUAUUUAGCCUAGCUUCAGGCUGCCGAUACUGGAGGUAGUUUGGCUAUUGUUUCUCACAAGAUUGUACUGAAAUAGUAACAUGUACAGGGAUUUGAGAGAACAGAGAGAGAUGGAGAGAGAGAGCAUUUGAAAGAAGAAUAGUAUUAGUAUUAAGAUAUUGUUCUUCACAACAGUGUACAGGAACAGCUACAUUUACAAGGACUGCGGAGAACUUGAGAGAGAUUUAGAGAAAGUAAGAGGAAGAGAGUAUUUAAGCAAUAAGGCAUUAGAACCCGUGCCGACGUGAAGCUGAGGGCCUGGGAAAACAGCCCUUAUGAGGGUGUUAUUCCCCAUAAUCCCCUGGUUCGAGUGCCUUAUUGCUUUUAUAAAAUGGUUGCCAACAUAUUAAAAAAAGAUUAACGACAUUUUUACAUAACAUUUUUUAUUUUAAUGAGUACAUUUGUUUUAUUUAAUCCUUCCACCAGAUGAUAUAGUCCGGGCAAAAGCCAGUAGUUAGUUCUGCUAUUUUUAAGUUGCUAGCCAAGUAGGCUGGUGUCACGACUUCCUCCGAAGCUACCUCCUCUCCUUGUUCGGGCAGGCUUCGGCGGUCGUCGUCACCGGCCUUCUAGCCACUGCCGCAUCACAUCUCAUCAUUCCAUUUGUUUUGUCUUGUCUAUUACACAGACCUGGUUCAUAUCUCCUCAUUAGUACAUAUAUAAGUGUUCCCUCUGCCACCCUUGUCCUUGUGAGUGAUUGUUUAAUGUGAGGAGAGAGUAGCUCGGUUGAGCUAGGUGAACUUUGUAUUGCCGGGGUAUAUUUUUCCUGUGUGUCUGUUUUGUUCCAGUGCGCCUGUUUUGCGCACUAGACUGUUUGACGCUAUCCAGCGUAACUCUGUACUACGGAAUAAACUCUGUAUUCUGUGAUUUACCCUCCUGCGCCUGACUCCUUCAAAUCACCUCUCACAGCUGGUCGUCCAUUCUAUUGUCAAGGUUGCCCGCCAAGCGGACUGGUCGUCCAUUCUAGGCAAAAAAAAGUUGCUAUGCAAGCUGGCUUCUUCUCCUUUGCUAGCUAGCCAACUAAAGCCUUCACACAAUCACAUCAAGCAGCUGAAAUGACAGCAAACUGUGUGCAUUGUAGGUUGUUUUACCUUCAUUUUUAUUGUAAUUUCUUUGGAUAUAUCCAUUAUAAUGAGUCUACUCUGGACACGUUCAUUCUCAAUGGCACGGUGGAGAUCGCAAAAAUAAAACAGGUACAUUGUUGCACAGGUCGGAGAGGCAGGCAGCAGGGUUUAGACCAGAGGUUUUCAAAGUGUGUGGCGCGCCUCCCCAGGGGGAUGCCAGAGAGUUUUCAAGGGAGGCGUGAAAGGAAAUCCAAGUCAAACUGUAUUCGGUUCUCUAAAAUGAAUAAAUAUUAAGCCUGUUUCUAGCUACAAUCGCUGGGAAAACACAUAUUUUAGCUUUCCAGUGCUACCACGUUUAUUUUUCAACUCAAAUUGCGAGCAUGGCAUUGUUUCAAAAAUGCAAAUACAACCAGAGUUUGUAGCUUGGGGUGUGUUCAGUUUGAUUAAAUGUUUGCUAUGUUGCGUGACGGUUUCUUCUGAAUGACACAUUUCCCCAAAUUGUUCUUUAAUGUUCUUGAACAGACUUUGAGCAGUGUGGGCCCCGGUGGUAAUAAACUAGUCAAACCAAAAGCUUACCUUGACUUGGAAGAGUUCCAGGGUUGUGUUGGAAAGUCAUAGCCAGCUAGCUAACAUAACAUCCCACUGUUUGAGCAGGGUGUUUCAGUAGACUAAACUAGCUAGCUGCAUUUGCUAACUACAGUUGAAGUCUGAAGUUUACAUACACCUUAGCCAAAUACAUUUAAACUCAGUUUUUCACAAUUCCUGACUUUAAUCAUAGUAAAAAUUCCCUGCCUUAGGUCAGUUAGGAUCACCACUUUAUUUUAAGAAUGUGAAAUGUCAGAAUAAUAGUAGAGAGAAUGAUUUAUUUCAGCUUUUAUUUCUUUCAUCAUAUUCCCAGUGGGUCAGACGUUUACAUACACUCAAUUAGUAUUUGGUAGCAUUGCCUUUAAAUUGUUUAACUUGGGUCAAACGUUUCGGGUAGCCUUCCACAAGCUUCCCAUAAUAAGUUGGGUGAAUUUUGGCCCAUUCCUCCUGACAGAGAUGGUGUAAUUGAGUCAGGUUUGUAGGCCUCCUUGCUCUCACACGCCUUUUCAGUUCUGCCCACUAAUUUUCUAUAGGAUUGAGGUCAGGGCUUUGUGAUGGCCACUCCAAUACCUUGACUUUGUUGUCCUUAAGCCAUUUUGCCACAACUUUGGAAGUAUGCUUGGGGUCAUUGUCCCUUUGGAAGACCCAUUUGCGACCAAGCUUUAACUUCCUGACUGAUGUCUUGAGAUGUUGCUUCAAUAUAUCCACAUAAUUUUCCUUCCUCAUGAUGCCAUCUAUUUUGUAAAGUGCACCAGUCCCUCCUGCAGCAAAGCACCCCCACAGCAUGAUGCUGCCACCCCCGUGCUUCACGUUUGGGAUGGUGUUCUUCGGCUUGCAAGCAGCCACCUUUUUCCUCCAAACAUAACGAUGGUCAUUAUGGCCAAACAGUUCUAUUUUUGUUUCAUCAGACCAGAGGACAUUUCUCCAAAAAGUAAGAUCUUUGUCCCCAUGUGCAGUUGCAAACCGUAGUCUGGCCUUUUUAUGGCGGUUUUGGAGCAGUGAUUUCUUCCUUGCUGAGUUGCCUUUCAGGUUAUGUCGAUAUAGGACUUGUUUUUCUGUGGAUAUAGAUACUUUUGUACCUGUUUCCUCCAGCAUCUUCACAAGGUCCUUUACUGUUGUUCUGGGAUUGAUUUGCACUUUUCGCACCAUAGUACGUUCAUCUCUAGGAGACAGAACGCGUCUCCUUCCUGAGCGGUAUGACGGCUGCGUGGUCCCAUGGUGUUUAUACUUGCGUACUAUUGUUUGUACAGAUGAACAUAGUACCUUCAGGUGUUUGGAAAUUGCUCCCAAGGAUGAACCAGACUUGUGGAGGUCUACCAUUUUUUUUCUGAGGUCUUGGCUUAUUUCUUUUGAUGUUCCCAUGAUGUCAAGUGUAACAGUGGUGCUUCCGUCCCUCUCCUCGCCCCUACCUGGGCUUGAACCAGGGACCCUCUGCACACAUCGACAACAGUCACCCUCGAAGCACCGUUAACUGUCGCUCCACAAAAGCCGCAGCCCUUGCAGAGCAAGGGAAACAACUACUUCAAUGUCUCCGAGCGAGUGACGUCACCGAUCGAAAUGCUACUAGCGCGCAUCGCUAACUAGCUAGCCAUUUCACACCGGUUACACAAGCAAAGAGGCACUGAGUUUGAAGGUAAGCCUUGAAGUACAUCCACAGGUACACCUCCAAUUGACUCAUAUGAUGUCAAUUAACCUAUCAGAAGCUUCUAAAGCCAUGACAUCAUUUUCUGGAAUUUUCCAAGCUGUUUAAAGGCACAGUCAACUUACUGUAUGUAAACUUCUGACCCGCUGGAAUUGUAAUACAGUGAAUUAUAAGUGAAAUAAUCUGUCUGUAAACAAUUGUUGGAAAAAUUACUUGUGUCAUGCACAAAGUAGAUGUCCUAACCGACUUGCCAAAACUGUAGUUUGUUAACAAGAAAUUUGUGGAGUGGUUGAAAAACGAGUUUUAAUGACUCCAACCUAAGUGUAUGUAAACUUCCGACAUCAACUGUAAGUAAGUGAAACUGAAAGUGAAAAAAAAUAACGAAAUCUCUCUCUCUCAUUUUGGAAGAAAGUAAUUUGUUAAACUGUUCAACUACUGUCUUUCUCUCUCUUUGAGUCAACUACUCACCACAUUUUAUGCAUUGCAGUGCUAGCUAGCUGUAGCUUAUACUUUCAGUACUAGAUUAAUUCUCUGAUACUUUGAUUGGGCGGACAACAUCUCAGUUCAUGCUGAACGAGCUCUGAUAGGUUGGAGGACGUCCUCCGGAAGUUGUCAUAAUUACUGUUUAAGACUAUGGAAGGGAGUGAGAACCAUGAGCCUCCUAGGUUUUGUAUUGAAGUCAAUGUACCCAGAGGAGGACGGAAGUUAGCUGUCCUCCGGCUACACUAUGCUGCUACCCUACAGAAUGCUGUUGAGGCUACUGUAGACUUUCUUUGCAAAAUAGUGUUUUAAUCAAUGAUUUGGUGACGUGAUUUUAUCUAAAAAUGAUAACUUUUUACAUGUUUUAAAUAAAAAAUUCACUGAGGCGGAUGGUCCUCCCCUUCCUCCUCUGAGGAGCCUCCACUGACUUUGAGGUAUGUUUGCUCCCGUUUGGUGGGUGCCGUACGUCUUGAAGACGGACAUCCAGGUGGAUGAGCGCAACGUGUCGCGCUGCUUCAAGGGCUACCACCACAACACUGACGACGAAAAGCGGAGCGUGGCCACAAUCCACCUCAUCAUCGUGGUGUGCUUCGUCUUGGUCUUCUUCAUAGUAGUAGUCUGUAACCUGCUCAUCGCCCGGGCCCUGCUCGCCCAGUCACCUAUCCAGACUCGGGGCUCUAAUUCAUACAAUUUAUUUUAUUAUUUUAUUUUUUGUCAUUUAGCAGACGCUGUUAUCCAGAGCGACUUACAGGAGCAAUUAGGGUUAAGUGCCUUGCUCAAGGGCACAUCGACAGAUUUUUCACCUAGUCGGCUCGGGGAGUAGAACCAGCGACCUUUCGGUUACUGGCACUAUGCUCUUAACCACUAAGCUACCUACAUGCCCUGGGGGGUGAAGGGCCAGGCCCUGCAGAUGAUGUGUGCCGUGGUGGGGGUAUUUGUGGUGUGCUUCCUCCCCCACCAUGUGGUCCAGGGUCCCUGGACUCUGGCUGUACUGGAGAUCAAGGAGGGCUGGGGCAGCAUGGACUGGGACCAGCGGACCAGGCAGUGGCUUAACGACGCCCAUCAGGUCACCUUGAUGCUGAUGGGGCUCAACUGCCUCCUGGACCCUAUGGUGUCCUGCUUCGCCACCAGGAAGUUCCGCCUGUACAUCAAGGAUUAUCUGAAAAAGUUGGGGAGGGGCAAAGGAUGCUCGGAAACAGCUAUCACACAAAUGUAUAUUGUGGAGUGCAAGAACGUGAGCCAGAGCCUCCAUAGCGAGCAGCAGCAGCUCGAGAUUUAA